AUCUCUAGAUUCAACAACUAAGACGCCUCACAACCAAGUCGACCUUCAUCACCAGCACCACCAGCACCACCAACAGCCUAUCUGCCUCGAGGAAAUAUCCGAAAUGAGUUGCGAUGUUAAGACCACCCAAUGGCGCCUCGUCGAGGUCGGCCGUGUUGUUCUCCUUAGCAAGGGCCCAUAUAGUGGAAAGCUGGCUACCAUCGUUGAGAUAAUCGAUCACAAGCGUGUCCUCAUCGACUCCCCCAUCGUCCCCCGCCAGUCUUACUCCCUAAAGAACGUCACCUUGACUCCUAUAGUCAUCGACAACCUACCCCGUGGUGCCCGUAACGGCGUUGUCAAGAAGCUUUGGGAGAAUUGCGCCGUAGACACUAAAUGGGCUGAGUCCUCCUGGGCCAAGAAAAUCACCUCCAAAGAGACCAGAAGAAACCUGAGCGACUUCGACAGAUUCCGUGUCUUGGUUCUCAGGAAGCAGAGGAGGUUUGAAGUCAGAAAGGCAGCUGCGAAGGCUUAAGGUGUUUGUGGUGGAGGCUUUUCUUUCUCAGUCAUGGGUUGGAGCUUGUUUUGUUGCGGAAACCAAAUAAAUUCUCCUGGUGAACAUGGGAUAUCUCCCUUUUUUUUUCGUCCCUGCGUGGGAUCUGGGCCCGUUUCGCUCAGUAAGCCCGGUGGUGGAAGGGGAUGUCUUUUUUCACUGCUAGUAGCCGGGCGUUGUAUAAUUCAAAAAAUGGGAAAUAUGGGUUCUCUAAUUUCC